ACCCCGCGAUGACUGAUUUGUAUCAUACAUAGAUUCUUUUCUGUAUUGAAUAACUAGCGAGAUACAUUACUCAUUCUGUGCCGUGCUGUCUGUGCAACCAUAGCAGUCGUGGCGCAUUUGUCAGACAUACAUCUAGAGCACUCAGUCAAUCUAUAUAACAGAAGACUUGAAUAAUCUCUGCAACAACCAACUCAACUUCCUCUGGCAACAAUGCGUCAAAACGGCCCUCGAGACCCCGUCGCAGGCCCCGACUCUGGUCCUGAACCACCAUAUCCCAUCCGUCUCUCGGGACCAGUCAUCAAAGGUUUCGGACGCGGAAGUAAAGAACUCGGCAUUCCAACGGCCAACAUCCCUCCAGGCGGUCUAGAGGCUUAUCCCUCCCUCCAGACGGGAGUAUACUACGGCGUCGUAGCUCUGGACCCAGCUCGAUUCGAAUAUAACCAGAUUGAAGCCGCUGCUCAAACAGGCUCAUCCGAGAGUGCAGACGCAGAACCCAAGAAGAAGAAAAAUGAAAUCACGAUUUUACCGGCUGUGUUGAGUAUAGGAUACAACCCAUUUUAUAAGAACGAGGUUAAAUCUAUUGAAAUCCAUAUAAUGCCCCCCCUCACAUCGCCAAGUCCGACAUCCAACGAAAACCCAACAACAACAUUCUUCAAACUCCCGGACUUCUAUUCUACGCAUUUGAAUUUACUGAUUCUGGGCUAUAUUCGUCCUGAAUUUGACUAUGUAUCUCGUGAAGCCCUCGUGGAGGAUAUACGGAUUGAUUGUGAGGUUGCGAGGAAGAGUCUGAUGAGGGGUGGGUAUGUGCGGUAUUUAGCUGAUGAUUAUGAUGAUAAGUCAGAAAAUGGGGAGGAGAAGGUGAGGAGGGAGAGGGAGUGGCUGAGGAGUUUUGGGGGGUGAGUACUGAAUUUUUGUCUCAACGGGUGAAGGUAUAGACGGAAUUAGAUUAGAUGGUUUUAGUUCUAAGUAUGUAGCUUCUAAUGUGCGUUUAUUAAAUAUAC